AUGGCUGAGCUACACGUCGCUUUCGCGGAGGAACCCAUCGCUGGGCCUUCACGACUCUCUCCACAUCCCGUAUCCCCUCGAAUACCCCUCACAGGCGAUAUCGAGAUGGAUGACCCAGCUGCGACAAUACCGGGCGAGGCGCCGGGUAGUCAAGCAGACUCGUCGUUAGAGCACGGGACGCAGAGCCAGGAGGCUGCGGAAUUGUUGCUGGGUUUCUCAACCCUUGAGCCCAGACACGACGAAACACCAACACUGGAUCCACCCUCCCCUGCUAUACCUCAUACCGGUCUCGAACCCCCGCGGCUCGUCAACGAUCUCGCGGCGCCCGGAACGUACCCCUACACUCCCCCAGAUCAACCCCACGUCAAUGGCGAUACUCCCUCCAUUACCGCCUCGGCGUCCACAUACAUCACCCAAUCCCACCUCCAGCCCGUCGACCCAUCCUCCCCUGCCGCUCCCUCCCCUGAGGCCGGCCCGUCCAAACCCAAGCAGAAACGGAAACGUACCGCCGCCAACGCGUCCAGUCGCCGGUCCUCCAAUGAUCCCGCUCGUCCACUUCACUUUAUGGGCGAGGAGAACGAGAUCAUCCGGUGUAUCUGCGGGAUCGACGAGGAUGACGGACUGACGAUUCAAUGCGAGUCGUGCUAUGCCUGGCAACACGCGCAAUGUUUCGGCUACUCGGAAGCGGCCAACACGCCAGAAAUAUACUUUUGCGAGUUGUGCUCGCCGAGACCGUAUGAUCCGGGUCGGGCGAGGGAGGUACAGGUCGCCGCGAAGGAGAAAAGGGAGAGGGAGCGGUCAGGGGAUAUGGCGCUGGGGAUUGGGUUCCCUGGGGUCGUAGGCGCGGCGAUAGUGGGCGUGACGAUGUCAGGAGGGAUUGUCCCCGACAAGCCAAAGAGCCGGGGAAAGGGGAAGCGGGCGAGAGUGGGGAGUGUGCACGAGGACGGAGUGGACAGGGCGGAGAAGGAUGGAAGUCCAGGAUCGAUGGCUCCACCAACGGCCAAACCUCGGCGCAAACCCGGGCCCAAGCCAAAACAAAAGACUGCCUCGAUGAUGAUUCCUCACGAGUCAACGCCUGGACCUUCCUACUACCCCUCCGCCGCCCAAACUGCCGCCGUCGCCGCUGCUGAAGCCGAGGACGAUUACUUCCGGAUAGAACCCUGGACGCUGGAGUACACGCCUGUCUCGGAGAAUAUCGUGCGCGGGAGGGAGGCGAGGCGAAUCAUGGGCAAGAUGUACAGGGAAUGGGUGGACGCGGAGGAGGAUGAGGAGGUCUUGUCCACCUCGACAAAGAGGAGAUCAGUCGCUGGUCCUUCGGGCUUACCAUCACCGACCGAAACCGGUCUACUUCGCUUCUCUCCCGACAACAUCUUCCCCCUUCCCGACUACUCGACACUCGCACCACCCGUGCCACCCGCCACGCUGCUCGGUCCCGAUCUCCCUUCGCUCGGCUGUCCCUGGUUCGUCAAGUCCAUCUCGCACUCCCUCUCCUUCCUCCCUCUCAGCUACUCGGAGACCACACCGCUUCCCGGCUCAUACACCCGUCCAGCGCUGUACGGCGUCUUCUCCUCGGAAUCCAUCCAUGCGUCACACUUUAUCGGCGAGUUUCGCGCCGAAGUGUUGGACUGCGAGUCGUAUCGCAAAGACCCGGUCAACCAGUACGCCGUCCUCGGUAUCACGAAGCCGCAUGUCCAUCCCAUCGGCCCGCCUGUCAACCUCAUGCUCGACGCCCGGGGCUACGGGUGCGACCUCCGCUUCAUCCGCUCUGGCUGUCAUCCCAACGUCGUCCUCCGUCCACUGCUCUUCCGGUCGUCUGAGAGCGAACCUCCUAAACUUCGAUUCGGGAUCUUUGCCUCUGAAGAUGUCCAAAAGGAUGACGAGCUCGUCCUCUCAUGGGCAUGGGAUGACUCGCAUAUCGUCCACGCCCUUCGGUCCCUCAUCCACCCCACUACUCUCGCGGACGGAUAUCCCGGUCGACCAGCUUUCGCGCCCUCUCUCCCGUCCUCGUCCCCGGCGGUCAACGGCCUGCUCGACAAGUUCGAGGUCGUCCUGACGCACUUGCUUGGGACAUUCUCUUCCUGCGCGUGCAAGAGUCUCGGUAAUUGCGCGAUCGCGCAAAUGCGGUAUCUCGUCGAGCAGCGGGAUGACGAGCGGAGUCGGGCGGGACGGAGGGGUCAGCGGGCGGAUCUGGGGUCACUGGUCGGCGCGGUGAGGGGCUGGAGGAGAAGAGAAGAGGAGAUGGAGGGGGUGCGAAAGUGGAAUUUGCCGGAGGCGCUGGAAGGGAGGGUGUGGGGGAAAGAAGAGGAGGAAAGGAUGUCGGAGCAGGAGCAGGCGGCUGAGGUUGAUGUUGGUGAGCCGGAGCAGGAAGUCCAGGUGGAGCCGGUCAGCAGGAGAGAGUCGGAGGAGGCGUCAGAAGCUAUCACAGAGAUGGAGGAAGAGGAAGGCGGUGAUGGGGACAUCGAAAUGGACGUCGACGAGGAGGAAGAGGAGGAAGGUCGCGCCACCACCCCUUCGGUCCUCACGGCGCCGUCGCGGUCUCAUUCUCGCCAACAAUCCGGAUCCGCAUCACCGCUCACUUCAUCCCCUCGACCUUCCACACCCCCAGCGCCACGUCCCACCGUUGCGCCAUCUUCUGCCUUAACGUCUGCCCCUCGCUCUCGUCCCCGCGCUCGGCCACAUCCAGACUCGGACGACGAGCAUCUCUCCGACGCCACGACCGCUACUGUCCCCCGAUCCAAUUCGUCCGGAGACGAAGGGGACGAUGGUGAAGCCGAUUCCGAGGCAGAGGCCGAUACGCGCCCUGGCAAGUCCAACGGUCCCGGAGUCCGAGUUCGCCGUGUCCUCAGUCCCGUCGUGGAGAGCAAUCUCCCCAGUCCCAAGGCGGAACAAGAGGAAGUCAAGGCAGGCAAGGCACGGAGGAUACGGAAAGACGGGAAGGAGGAUAAGCGGUUCAAACGCGAUCCUUCCGGCGCUGGCGGGAGCAACAAGCGGCAGAGGAAUCGGAUCCUGUCUUCCCCUCCUGGAUCAGAGGAUGAGGCGAUGGAUCUUCCGGGUCGUCGGCGGGCCGAGGUAGACAAGGAGGAGAUGGCGUCUUCGCUCUUUCCCGAUGAGUCGGGCAGAGAUGGGAAUGGGGAUGUCGAGAUGGAGGAGGCGGAAAGGCUUCCUACACCUCCACUGCCCCACCGGUCGCCUUCACCUCUCCCGCCAAAGGAGGCCACACCGCCGCCCCCGGAACCGCCCAAGAAGGUCUCGCUUUCUGAGUAUCUGAAGAACAGAAAGAUACAGAAGAAGGCGACGGAUGGCGGCGAGAUGGUGAAUGGGGAUGAAGCUGUUACAGCGGCGAUCGUGCCUCCCGCGGUUGUCGUCGAGCCUACUCCGCCUGCUCCGGCGGCAGCACCCCUCUCGGUAUCAUUCGCGGAUGUCAAGCCCGAUAUUCCCGCGCCGUCACCCCAGCAAGGCGGUUUCAACAUGCACGACUUCCUCCCCAGCUCGCGCCCGCAACCACCUCCGGCCCCCUCGGCGGCGGGACCGAGCUCGUACGGUACUCCGAUCUCCGAGUCACCUCGAGCUACUCCAGGCCCAGGCAGCUACGCCCCUCGGUCCGAGUACUUUCCUCUCACCUCUUCGACUGCACCUGUCGCUGCCUCGGCCGCUGGGACGCCUUCCACCGCCUUCCAACCGCGGACGUCAAGCUACACCCCUCGUGCGAGCGCAUCUACGGACAGCGAGGCCCCUCCCUCAUCGCUCGCCGUCCCAUCGUACGUACCUCGUGGUUCCGCCACUCCCGUCGAGGAGCCAAAACCACUUCCCGGGGUCGACGAUCUCCCCAACGGCCGGGACUACGGGUACAGUCGCAACUUUGGCUACAACAUGUCCGCGCCAUCCCGGUCCGUCUCCAGCUCCACCUCGGCCGGCGGAGAUGAUUAUCCCGGUACCUCCACGCCGGCAUCCCGGUCGCGUCAGCGGUCCAUGUCAGACUCGCCCGUCAAGCCUACCAUAUCACUGCCUGAGCAAACCUCCAUGCCUCCGCCGCUCCCCUAUCGCGAGGCACCGCCGCACCAGCAAUUCUCUCGGCAGUACACCGCCGCGUCGCUCUCGCCCGAGGCUCGCACCACCGGUCUCCCCUUCCGCUCCCCCAUCGACCGCACGAGCCCGCUUCCCCGGCUCCCACCUACCGGUCCUAAAGCUCAGACUCCAGCGACGCAGUCUGUCGUUCUUCCCCCUACUGGACCAAGGGGGAGCUGGCAGACGCCCACCUCGGCCCACUCGGCUGCGACACCCACGUCGGGCGGGUCAGGCGGAGCAGGGACGCCCCAUACACCUACUACGGCGCCUGCUCCCCCUCUGGGUCCAAGGGGUCAAUACAUGCCCGUCCCGGUGCCAGGAAUGAAUGGGCGCGGGGGCUUUGGCGGGAAUAUGCGGUUCUUUGAGCCAAGAGGCGCAUGGAGGGGCAGAGGGAUGGGGAGGGGGCAUCAUAUUUCCCAUGGAGCGAGAGGGAGGUAG